GUGCGAUGGGUGGGAAAAAGUUACGGUGAAGGCUGUGUUGUGUCAAUGCUGAACUUCGAGGAAGUGUCCGAGCAUUUUAAAUAAACACAUAUUUCAACUAACGAGCAACGAUGGACAAGUUGCGUCGUGUAUUAAGUGGUCGAGAAGAGAAUGAAGAAUUGGGGCUGACAGCACAGGUCCUGGACAGCACAAGCCUCAGUUUCAGCACGCGGGUGAAGUGGUUCUUCAUAUGUUUUGCAGCAGGGAUCCUCUGCUCAAUACUUGGAACUGCACUCCUCUUCUUGCCAAAAGCUGGAAUAAAGCUGUUUGCUGUAUUCUACACCCUAGGAAACAUUGCAGCACUUUCAAGCACCUGUUUCCUGAUGGGGCCACUCAAACAGCUGAAGCGCAUGUUUGAGCCCACCAGACUCAUAGCCACCAUUCUGAUGCUGCUGUUCCUUGUGUUGACGUUAUGUGCAGUGUUUUGGUGGAACAAAAGAGGUCUGGCGAUCAUCUUCUGCAUUUUGCAAUUCUUGUCAAUGACAUGGUAUAGCAUCUCCUACAUUCCAUUUGCGCGGGAUGCUGUUAUUAAGUGCUUCACCUCCUGUUUGAGCUAAAUGUCCUGUAUUUCAUCUGAUGUCAGGUCCAGCUGUGGAAGAGUAAAAAUGUCAAAUAUUUUCAGGAUUAUGUUUCUCUGCCAUCUCAGAACCAGUCACACUGUUUUCGGUGACCUUAAAACAUUUGCUCUUUUGUCUUAAUAUAAUAAUUUUAACUGAAUAUUGUUUAAUAUUAAGAGUAUGUAAUAUGUAACAAUUGCAUUUAGUACAAGCCUUAAAUUGUUUCCUUUUUAUCUUUUUCUUUAAAAAGGCUUUUUUGUUUUUUUGUCUGUGUGAGGAGGAUAAAUGCCUUAAAUGAUGCUUCACUGAUGAUAUACUGGCAGUUAAAACUGAGUGAAAAAAUAAGUGCCAUAUUUUGACAUGAUGGUGUUAAAGAAUGAACAUACUACUGUUGACUUUUGUACAUAAAAAUACAUUUCUACCAAAUAUAUUAACAAAAAAAGAUUUCAUAUGUUACCACACACCAAAUAAAUGCAAUUCAGAUUCUUUGUUCA